UGCGUGCUCCGCGGGCCGGCCGAGCAUCUCUUUCAGUUGCGUGGAAUGUCAAUGGUAAUUGCCAUUCCGAUUGGGAGCAUUAUUUUCCUGCAGAACGGUAACUUAUAAACAAACCUAAUAGCUCGCGUUACCAACUCGCGGGGUUUUUGUGGUCGGCAGCACCAGCCAAUCUUGCGCCAGUCGAGAAACCCUAACCAGCCAGUGCCCAUCCCAAGCCGGGUCGGGGCCCAGGUCGACGCCAUGGCUGAUUCUGCCGCCGAUGUCGAGGCCCAUGCCGGGGGCGGAGCGGCCCAGACGGCCAAGGACCUGUUCGCUGGAGCGUCCGGCGGCAUUGCUCAAGUAUUACUUGGUCAACCCUUCGACAUCGUCAAGGUCAGGCUGCAGACCACAACAGCCUACCCGUCCGCCCUGAGCGCCGCGACGUCGAUCUGGAAGAACGAGGGCACGACGGCCUUCUACAAGGGCACGCUGACGCCGCUCCUCGGCAUCGGCGCCUGCGUGUCCAUCCAGUUCGGCGCCUUCCACUCGGCGCGGCGCUGGCUGGAGCGGCGCAACGCCGCCUCGGGCACCACCGGCGGCCUCGGCUACGGGCAGUACUACGCGGCGGGCGCGUUCGCCGGCGUCGCCAACAGCGUCAUCUCGGGGCCCAUCGAGCACGUGCGCAUCCGCCUCCAGACGCAGCCCCACGGCGCGGCGGCGCGCCUGUACUCGGGCCCGCUGGACUGCGUGCGCAAGCUCGUCGCGAGCGGCGGGCUGACCCACGGCCUGUACCGCGGCGAGGCGGUGACGGUCCUGCGAGAGGCGCAGGCGUACGGGGUGUGGUUCCUGGCCUUCGAGUGGCUGAUGAACGCGGACGCGGCGCGCAACGGCGUCGCCCGCAAGGAGAUCCCCGCCUGGAAGAUCGCGCUGUACGGCGGCCUGGCCGGCGAGGCCCUGUGGCUGGCCAGCUACCCCUUCGACGUGGUCAAGAGCAAGAUGCAGACGGACGGGUUCGGCGCCGACCAGCGGUACCGGUCCAUGAGGGACUGCUUCGCCCAGACGUGGCGCCGAGAGGGCAUGAGGGGCUUCUGGAAGGGUCUCGCGCCGACCUUGCUGAGGGCCAUGCCUGUUAGCGCUGGCACUUUUGCCGUGGCUGAGAUGACCAUGAGGGCUCUCAACUAAGCCCUGUGACCCGCUUCGCAUUUGUGGGUGGCUGGCUGUCUCUUUUUGGGGUAGGCUUGGCAUUCACGGUGCAAGUGGUUUGGAGCAUGUUCGAAUGGGAGAGCAUGAGAUCUGGAUCAGAUUGACUUGUACCUAUAUAUCCAUGACCAGCCAGAUAAUAUUAUGUACUGUACAUACGACGCUCACAAUGUGCGUCACUCGCUGUUCUCCACCCUGCGGUACAGGAUCUGUCUCGCGUUGGCAGGCGUGAGCGAAUCAAGUUCCAGUUCCUCCAA